UGUGCUGGUUGUUUGGAUACAGAACACUGAUGGUCAACGGAGAAGAGACUGGGACAACAUUACAUAUUAGACAGACAUUUAUGCGCUGCUGUUCCCUGCGGAAGUAACCAGACAUCAGUUAUGUUUUUGCUCGAGACAGUCUCGGUGGACUGCGUAAGCUGUCUUUUUGAAAGCGGUUUUGCAGUAAAUUGUGGUUUAGAUUCAGGACAGUCCCCUGCACAUCUAGCAGCAUGCGGAGGUCAGGCGUUCUGUCUGCUGUGGCUGCUCCAGACAGGCGCAGACGCAAACCAAAAGGAUGCAACUGGGGAGACCCCCAUGCAUAAAGCAGCCAGAGCUGGGAGCGCGGAGUGCAUAAGCGUGUUGAUGGCAAGUGAUGCAAAAAUCGACAUUUGCAACAACUCUGGAAAGACUGCCGAAGAUAUAGCGUGGUCUUGUGGGUUUGAGGAGUGCGCUAAGUUUUUAAACACACAUAGAAGAACACAGGACUUAAGAAACGUAUCAUCAUUAUCCUCAUUGCUUGUCGAGCGGCGGGUUCUGAUUGGAUCUCUGGCGGGACAGAAGAGAGGGUGCACUGGGUCUGAUGCAGAAGAUGGCAAGAAAUCUCGCGACUGGUGAUAAUGGCUCUCUCUUCAUGGGAACGUAAAAGUAAUAUCCCUGCCAGUUGUUCAGCCAUUAUUUAACUGCGAAGUAAAUGGGUGAACAGAUGAAUAGGCUUGUCCGUACAGUAGAACUACUGUAGCUUUAACAGUGAAGGACAACUGGCCGUGUUCUAGGGUCAGCGAUUUAGGUCUGAAUAUGAAUGGACUAUAUUCUGAUACUGGAAAGACUGUACAUGCAUUGCAUACAGCACAGCUCAUAACUGCUGCCACGCAGAUAUGACUCAGAAGUCUUGUUGCCUAGAUGAAUCUCAAACAAAAAAAAAUGAAAAAAAAACAAAGUGACUUGAUUUUUAUUACUACAUUUUAGUAGGCCUUAUCUUUUAGAAUCAUAGAAGGCGUUUCUGAUGUUGAAAAGAUGUAUUUGUAAUCUCAAGUCAUUUAUUUCAUACUUUGCAAAUAAAAACAUGACUGGAAAAGAUGGUUUACAUUUCGGAACUCAGUGUGGCAGAAAAACAAGGCCAUGUUUAAAAAAUGACAAAAACAAGGCCAUGUUUAAAAUAUGAGUAAUAAACAUUUACUUUUUGUGUU